AUGAAGCAUAAAAGACAGACACUUAGUAAAAGCGAAGAUGGUGACGACAAGGAUUCAACGACUUCAGAAGGCGGCAAGAGCUCGAAAGCGCGGGAUAAGUUCCUCGAUGAUGACGGCCCGCUUUCGGGGAAAAAGAGCUGUCAGGGUUGUGAGCUACCGCCCGGCGCUUUGUGCUCACCAGCCGAAGAUUUGCCGGAGCUAACAUCUCGAACUAGGAACAACAAUACACCCAGCGCUACAAACAACAACAGUUUUGCCAGUGACGGCGCAUCUAGUGUGGCCUCUUCGUCAUCCCUCGACAAGCUGGCAGAAGACGACUCGCGAGACGCGCAUCCGUCUGCAGCGAUCGCACCAGUACCGCGGAACCUGGCAAAGAGAAUCAAACAAGAAUCGAGGAAACGGUCGCCUUCGUUAGAUGCAACGGGAUGCAAGGUGUCCCCCUCUUCUUCUAAAGAUGGACUAGUUGCAAUUGCAGGUUUGCCAGACAAUGGAAAAUUUUCAUCAGUCAGUUUAACGCCGUCGUCGACGCCUGGCACUCCGUCCAGCAUGCACCCAAGUCCACUUGGCCAUUACCCACGACCCUCGCCGCCUAACGUGCCACCGGGAGCUCCACAUCCGCAAGCGGUUCCCAACGCAAUACCUCCGUACGUCAUACGCGGCAACGUGCCACCAGGCCAGUUCGGGCCCCACGCAGACUUCCGCAUGGAUUCCAAGCAGUUCGUCGGCAAACUCGCACAGUACCCGCAAGGAAACAGAGCUUACGACGGCUACGGGCCAGCACUGCAGGGCGUUGAACAGCACGCGUACACCAGAAACCAACAGCACACGCGUGCUCAAGACGGUUCCCCGUCGAACAGGAGCAACGGCGUCGGCAGACAGGCUUAUCCCCACGAAAUGUAUCAAAACUACAGCUACGCCGGUUACGGCAAGGACCAAGCCGCCUACAGCCACCCUGGAUACGAACAGCCUCAGGGAUACCCCGGCGACCACAUGGCUUACUCAAACAGUCACUACGGCUACCACUAUCACGAGAGCGGGCAGCAUGAACACGCCCACGCGUACUACGGAGCGGACGGCCAGAAGGCGGCGCCAAACGAGUACGGACGAUGGAAUGACCCGAGUAAUUACAGCCAGCAGGCCGCCGUGACCCCUGCAGGUUACGGGCCCGGCUCGCAGCCCCCCGCGCCGAACGAGGCCUACGCAAGUGGGGGGGAAUGCGCCGACGGCUACGGCUCCUUCCAGCAGUUCUACGAGGCUACGCAUGGCACCCCCGCCGCCGGGGAGAACUCCAACUCGUCUUCGGACUUCCACUUCUUAAGCAACCUCGCUAACGACUUCGCCCCCGAGUACUACACCAUU